GCAGAUAAGUCAUGUUACCACAGGAAUGAAGCUGGGUCAAAGUACGGGUACUGCCACAAAGUGAAUGACACGAUCGUUCCCUGCAAAGCAAAUGACACCAUGUGCGGAAAGUUGUUCUGUCAAGGUGGGUCAGAUAAUUUGCCCUGGAAAGGACGUAUAGUAACUUUCCUGACAUGUAAAAUGUUUGAUCCUGAAGACGCAAUUCAGGAAAUAGGCAUGGUGGCCAAUGGAACUAAGUGUGGAAAGAACAAGGUUUGCAUUAAUGCAGAAUGUGUGGAUAUCGAGAGAGCCUACAAGUCAACCAAUUGCUCAUCUAAGUGCAAAGGACAUGCUGUGUGUGACCAUGAGCUCCAGUGUCAGUGUAAAGAAGGAUGGGCCCCUCCCGACUGUGAUGACUCUUCAACAGUCUUCC